ACCAUGAUGGCGACUAAGAUGGACUCGCUCGUAUUGUUUGCCAACGGACAAAAGGUUGUCGAUUCAGCACCGGACCCGACCGAGACCCUACUGGCCUACCUGCGGCGGAAACUCGGCCUACCGGGAACCAAGGAGGGAUGUGGCGUCGGCGGCUGCGGCGCAUGCACCGUGAUGAUCUCAUCUCAUGACGUCAUGACCAAACGUGUAAAGUAUCCUUUUAGAGACGAGGAGUCCACCACGCUCGGGAUUUCAUUGGAUUAUGAAAAGUCGCUCGAACUAUGA